AAAAUUAUUAACAAAACAAACCCCGCGCUCAACCAACCGCGUUCAUCUCAACCUCCCCCUUACAAAACCACCGCCUACCAAAAGCAGCCCCCAUCGACGGCUUAUACUUUGCCACGUCGUCUUAACGUCCUAACCCGCCCCGCGUCUCUCUCUCUCGUGCUUGGCGUUGCAGAGAGGAUCCGGGGUCCAUGUAGAUCUCGUCUCAGUUUCUCACCAAUCUUCGGGGAAAAGGUACACGAGGAUCGGGGUUUUGAGGGAAGUGGGAGCAAUGGAGGAGCCGUUCUUCGAUCUGGCGGAGUUUCUGAGGCGACCUUCAAUCGCCGAGACAUUCGUUGACAUCUUGCUCUGCGCAGUUCCGAUUUGGCUGGCCGUUAUGAUCGGCCUCGUCAUCGGCUGGUCUUGGCGCCCCAGGUGGACUGGCCUCGUCUUCCUCGGCCUCCGCCCUAAGUUCCGCUUCCUCUGGACGGCUCCGCCAGGCUUCGGAGCGCGCCGCCUCUGGCUCGCCUUCACGGCCCUCUCUGCCUUCUCCGUUUGCCGGACCAUUUGGUCCAAUUUCAAGCGCAAAAGCAAGGAAUCGCCAACUUCAAAGCUUUCCCCCGCAGGAAUUCUAGAUGCUGUUGGCCCCACCACAGCAGCCGAGGGGCGAGUGCAGGACAUUGUCACAGAGAAUGAUUUAGAACACCUAUUGCAUCUUCUUGAAGGGAAGGGUGGAGAGUUGGAAUGGCAAAGUAUGAUGGAUAGGUCUACUCCUAACUUUGCAUACCAAGCUUGGCGCCAUGAGCCUGAGACAGGCCCAACUGUAUACCGCAGUAGAACUGUCUUUGAAGAUGUGACUCCAGAGGUAGUUAGAGAUUACUUCUGGGAUGAUGAGUUUCGACCUAAAUGGGAUCCUAUGCUUGUAUACUUCAAAAUAUUGGAAGAGUACCCACACACUGGGACAAUGAUUGUUCAGUGGAUAAAAAAGUUCCCUUUCUUCUGCAGUGAUCGAGAAUAUAUCAUUGGUCGAAGAAUAUGGGAGGCGGGAAAGACUUAUUAUUGUGUAACAAAGGGGGUGCCAUAUCCAGCUUUGCCCAAGCGUGUCAAUCCUCGACGUGUCGAGCUAUAUUUCUCUAGUUGGGUUAUCAAGGCCGUGGAAUCUCGUAAGGGAGAUGGACAAUUGUCUGCAUGUGAGGUUACCCUUAUACAUUACGAAGACAUGGGGAUUCCCAAGGACGUGGCGAAGUUGGGAGUCCGUCAUGGAAUGUGGGGAGCUGUCAAGAAAUUGCACUCUGGCAUGAGAGCAUAUCAGAAUGUGAGGAAGUCAGAGGCUUCUCUUCCUAGAAGCGUAAUCACCACAAAGAUAUCUUUGGGUGGAAGCAUGGAGUCUUUAGAGGCAGCUUCUGGUGAAGAGAAAAAGGAUGAAGCUGCAGAUGACAAGAGAGGAAGAGAAUAUGGCGUUGAUUGGAAAUGGUUAGCUAUAGGUGGAACCGUGGCACUUGUUUUUGGACUUCGCUCGGGUGCAAUAGGUAAAGCCUUGUUACUGGGAGCAGGGCAGAGAUUCGCACGGAGGUGAGUAUGCCUAUGAGAACACACCUUCCUCUCUAUCUGUUUUGAUGAUUCAUGAAAAAAAAAAAAACACAUGGAUUGUUAUUUUUAUUCAUACGAUAUAAAAGUUAUUCUUUGAACAUAAAUUCUGGCUAAUUGGAGACAUGUUACCUCGGUUGAUUGGCUUGGAUUUA